UUUGCUUUUUUGAAAUGAUCAGCGCUGAGUGUUUAUCUUUCCUGGCAUAGACUUGUCAGCCCGCAUAAGUCGACUGAAAAGAGCAAGGACAGGGCAAUGAACGGCGUUCUCGAUCUCAGGAAGAGCGAUAGCAGCAGGGACGACUAGUGAAAUCUCCGGGCAUGUCGCCGCUCCGCCGCUUCCUGUGGCUUCUAGCGGCACUUCUCGUUACGAUAACGGUCGCGACUUGGGUAGGAAUGGUGAAAUGGUGGACGGCGGUGGAAGAGAGGGGCAGCAAAGUCAAAAGCGAGGCGAGCCACUUGCCAGGUCGCGAGGAAUAUAGACAACUCCAGAAGCUGGUGCUGCAGAAAGAAUUCCUAGAACCCGCUGAGAGUGAUCGCACAGGCUCGAACACAUCACGUGUUGACGUGGACUUCAUCAAUGCUAGACUCGCUCCUGCAGGACACAGUCGAGCGGUACAGGGUAAUGGAGGUCGUAGCAUGGUGGGUGGUGGUCGGCCCGUCAGCUCACUGGAAUCGCUGCUCAGCGGCAGUGCCACAGAGCACUACACGCACAAUAGCCACUUUGCUACGUCCGGUGGCAAUAAAUCACGGGACGAUAAGAACCUGCCGACUUGCUCGCCUCCUGACGGCGGCGUCACUAGCAGAGAGGUUGACUUGGAAAAAGUGCCAUCGGAGAAAGAGCUGAUCGGUGCGUACAAGGAUGUGCGCGCCGGUGGUCGGUGGGCACCAUCGGAUUGCCGUACUGAUGAGCGCGUGGCUGUGAUUGUGCCGUUCAGAACUCGAGAACUGCACUUGCUGAUCUUUCUCAAGUACAUGCACCGGUUCCUGCAGCACCAGCGCCUGCACUAUGGCAUAUACAUUGUGGAUCAGAACCUGGGAAGUGCGUUCAACCGGGCUAUGCUGCUUAACAUUGGCUUUGUGGAGGCACUGCGUGACGACGGCUACACAUGUUUUGUGUUCCAUGACGUGGACCACAUACCAGUGGAUGAUCUGCUGCGGUAUCGGUGCGGCAAUGAGCCAGUGCACAUGGCCGCCAUGACCGACAAGUGGAACUGGGGCUUGCCGUACGCGCAGUUUGUCGGCGGCGUCACGAUGCAGAGCAGCGAGCACAUGCUGUUGAUGAACGGCUUCUCAAACAAUUACUGGGGCUGGGGCGGUGAAGACGACGAUAUGACACAACGAUGGAUUUACGCUGGCCUGCGUCAUCACCGACCAGCCGGCGGACAUGGUCGCUACGCAACUAUAAAGGUCAACCACACGCGCUCCAGCAAGCCUAAUCCGGCGCGCAUGCAGCUGCUGAAAAACAGCAAACAGCGUAUACCCUACGAUGGCUUGAACACGCUUCAUUACAAGCUAGUGGAGAAGAUACGCCAUCCGCUCUACACCCGCAUUCGGGUGCUCAUCAAACGCAUUGGGUUGCGGUAGCGCGUUAAUUUCGCAUGGACACGGCUAUGAGCGAUAGUUACUGUUACAUUGGUCCAUGGAGGGCCGCGAAGAGAGAAAGAGAGAGAGAGAGAGAGAGAGAGAGAGAAAGAGGGGGGGGGGGGGGCUCCUUAUCCCGUCAAAGACAAAUAAAUAAAUAUUCUACAUGAACUCAAUAGGUUUGUUGUCAUCUUCAUUUUAUGUUUUGUUUUAGAACACGGAGGCUCCACUGCAGACAAUUCUUAUUAUGAUCAGUCACCACCACUACACAAAGGUCGUUGACGCUGCAAAUUUUAUUCAACAGAAAUGAAAUCUCCAAAUUUACGCCCUUGUCAUCAGGUUUCAUUUUAUGACUUCCUCCAAUACAACAUAUUUCACUUUCAUUCAUGCUGCUUUUGCAGGGAUACCAAUUCAGUUACAAAGUAUUUAUGUACAAGUGAGAAAGACAUAUUGCCGUAUCUGCCCUUUCAAAAAUCACCUUUUCAGUUUUAUUAUAUUCCUCUCGAAGUAAUGGCUCCUCGUUGCCAAAACUGAUAAUCACAGGUCUAUUAUCUAGCGGUGCACACUAGUAGCCUAGUUCAUAUUUCUGUAUGAAUAACACACCCUAUUUAAAACAGAAUAAUAAGGCACUUUCUUGUGCAUCAAGUUGA